GAGAACGGGAACGAUCACGGUUUGCGCGCCCGUUGGUGGGGCACGCAGCAACAACGGCAGCAGUAGCAGCAGCAGCAACAGCAGCAGCAGCAGCAGCAACAGCAGACAAGCAGGCAAAGCUUUUCGGGGGCUUCGAGUGCUCGAGCGGUCCAUCGAUCGGAUCACAAUUGUUUUGACUAUGGCGUGUUUAAGUUCGUCCAAUCGGGCCUGUGCCCGCGUUGUGCAGGAGAAACUGUGUCAGUUAGUUGCGGUCUCGAAGAGCCCGCUCGGGCAUCCGCAGCAGCAGCAACAGCAGCUGGACCCGUUGGGCCCGGUGGCCAGUACCGUCGUUAAUGGUGUCGGUGGCGGUGGAGGUGUUGGCGGUGGUGGAGGUGGCGGCGGUAGCCUGCCGAUGGGUACCGCCGGCAAACGGACCUUCCUGCUGUCGUCCGGGUUCGCGUACCCGCUGUUCGGUGGCGGCCCAGCCGGAUCUGGGACGCCGCUGGUGACGGCCGUGGCGCACAGUGUCGGUGGUUCGAUUGGCAUCGCACGCAGCUUCUAUACCGGUCGCGGCAACUUCAUUCAACCUUCAUCAGUCGCCCUCGGAUCGGCCAGAUCCGUCCGUGUUCCAGUCGGUGCGCCGCUGUUCGAACGGAACCAGAAAUGCAGCUCAACCGCAAACUUGCAUCCCUGUAUGCGAGGGUACAGCUCCGUGCACACACAGCAACCGGCCGGACCGAUACGGGAAUACAACAUCGACCCAUACAUACUGCUGGAGGACGAACUGAAAUACAUCUUCGAGGAUAUCAGGCAGCAAAUCAGUCGCGCAACAAAUCACCAGGAGCUGAACAAAAUAGCCGUAUACUACUUCGAUGGACAGGGCAAAGCUUUCCGACCGAUGGUGGCAAUACUGAUGGCGAAGGCACUGAACUAUCAUAUGCACAACGAAGACAGCAACACAAUGAACGCGCAGCGACAGAUAGCAAUGAUUUCGGAGAUGAUUCACACUGCCAGCUUAGUGCACGAUGACGUUAUCGACCAGUCGUUUGCCAGGCGAGGUAAACCGAGCGUUAACGUGCUGUGGAACCACAAAAAGGUGACGCAGGCCGGUGACUACAUCCUUGCCGUUGCCUCGAUGCUGCUGGCCCGCCUGAAGCGAGACGAAGUGACACACAUCCUCAGUCAGGUUCUAACAGAUUUGGUACAGGGCGAAUUUAUGCAGCUUGGCUCGAAGGAAACGGAGAACGAGCGCUUUGCGCACUAUUUCACCAAGACGUACCGGAAGACAGCAUCGUUAAUAGCUAACAGUUUGAAGGCGGUCGCGGUACUCUCCGGCGCGGACGAACAAAUGGCCGAGCUUAGCUUCCAGUACGGGCGCAACCUUGGGCUUGCCUUCCAGUUCGUGGACGAUCUGCUGGACUUUGUGUCGAGCUCGGAAGCGAUGGGUAAACCGGCGGCGGCCGAUCUAAAGCUCGGUCUUGCCACCGCCCCGGUACUGUUCGCCUGCGAGAAGUUCCCCGAGCUAAACCCAAUGAUACUGCGCCGCUUCCGCGAACCGGGUGACGUUGAGCGAGCGUACGAGCUGGUGCACCAAUCGCAAGGGCUCGAGCAGACCCGCUUCCUUGCCCGCAAGCACUGCAUCGAGGCGCUCCGGCUCGCGUCCCAGAUCAGCGAAUCGCCGUACCAGAAGGGUUUGAUCGUGGUCGGUGACUUCGUGCUCAACCGGAUGAAGUAGACGACGGUGAUCGUUUUGCUGCUCCCACACACACUGCCACUGUGUGGGGGAGGGGCACCUUUUGGGACGUUUCAACCAGAACCAAUAUUUCCGAAUCGUAUCGACGAUUUGCCGUGGACAGUGCUGCCCUUUCGUAUACACACACACCCAUAUAUAUAUAUAUAUAUACCUGUUAAACAAAGCUUAUUAAUGGCUCACACCGAAGAGACAGACCAGCGAGAAGGCAAUGUGAGGACACCACGAUAGGAGAAAAAAAAUGGAUUUGAUAAUGGCAUAAACAGGAAAGGAAAAACAUUCACCAUUCAAUUCAAUUUUCAUACCAUCGUGCAUCACCAGGAAAAGCCUCAGGAAUUGAGUAAUCGAAAGGCAGCGCGCAAUGAAAGCAGAACAAAAAACAAAUCUAAAAGACACUUUACUUUAUGCUCCGGUAGCGAAACAUAUGACAUCCUGCAAUACCAUCUACCAUCCGGGGUUGUAUGUGUGCGUCUGGAUGACCGGAUAAGUUCCCUGGAAAUUGGGGAAAAGAAAAAGUUCACCAGACGCAGCAUAAUGUGGAAAGGCAUUAAUUUACAUCGUGCAGCCCACGUUUUUGGAUCCCUUUUCCUUCCUCCUCCUUCCCCUUCGUUAGCAAUACACAACGGUAGUCGGUGUAGUGUACUAAUAUAUACACAUAUUAGUGUACAUUAUUAUACACAACAACAGAACAACACAGCAAACAAGCAAAGCGAUGCAAUAGUCUCGAACAUUUGGUGGUGCAAUGGAAGAUUAAGUUUAUAAAAUCUUACAACGCUUCCCCAUCUACAUCUUCCUGGUGAUGGUGGUAACAUUUUUGAGAUAAAGGGUUUUUUUUGUUUGUUUUGCUUGUGGUAGCAAUAUAAGCUUCUUAGAGCAGAAACGCGAAAACCCUGCUGUGUGCUCGAUCAAUUUUUUUUAAACUAUGUUCGUUUUGUUGGUCUUUUUUUUUUUAAAUAGUGUGGUCUGCUUGCUGUAAGCUUUGCAUAAUUAUGUUUAGAAUUUUCCAUUGUUGGCAGUAGGGUUAUGUGUGUCGGAAAGCAUAUAAAAACACCCCCCCCCCGUAAGGGUAGCAUCGAGUGGACAAACAGCAAUACAAAAAAUCUGAUCGUGGGGUUUUUUGGAAGCAAAAUUAUCGUAAAAUAUUAAAAUGGCAUGAAAGAAGCAGCGUGUAUGCGUACGUGUGUAUGAGUGUAAAAUUAAGCCAGUGGAAAAGGAGAGGGGGGAAGGAAGGGGAAUAGGGGAGGAAGAAAUGGUAGCAGGCUAUAACUAUGUGUUACUUUACGUUUAUUAACCAAGAAUGUUGCGUGUGCGUGUGUGUGCGGACUAGUGAGUAUAAUGAUUUAUCGAUCCUUUUUUUUUGUCUGUUCUUCCGUUUUUCUUAUAAUUGUAAUUUGUUUCAAAACAAAAAGAAAAUUGUGUUUGCAAAAUCUCUUCCUUUCCAACCAGAAGAGUGUUGGUAGAAGUUAAUUCUAGUGAUGAGCAAUAGUAACCGACGUGCAAUGAUUGAUUUUAAACCGUAAAUUGAAGCGUACUACCGGCGUGUGUGUCGCAAUCCAAGCAAUAGCUAUACACAGGAUGAAAAAUAACACGAAGAUACCCUUAGAACGAGGAAGCCCUCAGUACGAUUGUGCUGCUGGUAGGGAUUGUUUUUAGCGAACGCGAAGUAAAUAGCCUAUUUUUGCAUUACCAAAAAAAAACAAAAAAACACAUAAUCAACAACAAACUGUUCACCUGUAUACCGAUUUUGCUUUAUUUAUUCACCUAAUACACAGACAUCGGCGCACAUUUUUUUUUCUUACAUCCCUGUACAGUAGUGUGUGGGGUGUCAGGAUUUGCAUCGUAAAUGCACACGAGAGAGAGAAACAAAUAAAUAAAUUUAAACAAAAAAAAAAACCUCAUACAAACACACAAAAUCACACACACUAGAAAAAAAAAGCAAAUGUGUCAAAUAGGAAUAGUUAAGUUGUGUUACGCGCCAAACCGCGGCAUAACACCACUGAAUCCCUCAGCUGGGAUGGGAUCUUUUUGUACAUAGGUAAAACCCCACUCAUGUAGCCCACCAUCGGCUCCUUACUUGCCCGUUGAAGUAGAGGAAAAGAAGAAAACAAAACAAUAUCAUUAGAUACGGUGUGAUUUGUAAACAAUUGAACAGGCGGUCAAAUGUUAGCACAAAUCGUACGCACGAAACACGAAACGAAUCGCCAGUUGCGCGCGUGUGCGGGAAAUGGUGUUUUGGUGGUGGUGUUGCUGAACUCGUUCCAUCUUUCCUUCUAUAAUGCGCGAAGGGUGCAACAGUGUAGCGUUUUGUAACAAAAAAGGGUGAUGGUAGUAGCUUAAUAAGAAACCCAACCACAGAUAAGAACAAGAUAAAAAAAAACCCGUGGGCUCUCCCUCUCCGCCCCGCGCGUGACUGUGUAAGGAUAGUUAAGGGGGCGGGAUAGCUCAUAGAAGCGCAAAGAAGGUGCGCCACGGUUUUAGUUGUUUUGUAAGCGGCCGUUCUAGUGGCACUUUACACUAAUUUACAAUUUACCCUCCCAAUCCAUAUCGAUGUAAGUCUGCUCAAUUACGUUAAUAAUACUGUUUUACUGCCGUGCUGUGUCGUUUGCUGUUUCGUUAAUCACGUGCUGCAGCACCAACAAAGCGAACACACACACACACACAUACAUGGUAGAUGGUAGCACAACGGAACAAAAUGGAGUCGUUCAGUCCUUGAUGCUGGACGGCAGUGUUAUCCAGACCCGGUGAACAAGAUUUCGGGAUACCCUUUAUUGUACAUAGUAUCGAAUAUUUAAUGUGCCUUGUAUGGCAUGCCAAUGCGAAAUGAAAAUGUACCCGUGCCCUUAUAAACACUCCUCCCCCACCCCACCCCCCCCACAGACACGCACAGUUAUUAUUUUUUAUACAACAAAACCACACAAUUAUCGUUUUAUCGUAAUCGCCGAUGCGUUCGUUGAGUUAAAAACAUGCACACAAAGAUUUUGUAGCUAAAAUUAAAACAACACACAAGCACAUCCACAAACAAAAACCACGGCAAUCAUGUUUAGUGUAUCAUAGUUGAAUGGUUCCGGAGCGGGUAGGCUAAUUAAACGAGUAAAAGUAUGUAAAAGUAGCAAGGUUAGAAAGGAGCAACAGAAACAAACUGUCGGAACGUUUUUUUCUUCGUUUGUUUUGUGUCUUCCGAUAUAACGUUUACAAAUAUGCGUAUGCGGACCGGCUAUCAACCCCGUUUGGAAACUUAAAUAUAAAAGCAAAUUGUUAAAAACUUUUGUAAAUGAAGUAAACUAACACGCAAACAAAUCAGUGCGCAGUUGUGUGUAAGAGAGUGGAAGAAAUUACAUUAAAACAAUUGGGACACAAUCACACGUGUCCCUAUUGGUAAGCAAGCGAACGUAUGUGUGUGUAUGUGUGCAUACAUACUCCCGUGCACACCAUAAAAAUCAGACAGAUGUUAACAAACAAACCAGCACACACAUUUACAUAUGUAUAUGAACAAUUAGUCGCACGGUGUAUGAAGGACGUUUAUACGAAGAAAAUGUUUGUUUGUUUGUCUUUUCUUUUUGUUUGGUUAAAGUAGAUUGAUACCGCACACAUACACAUACACACACAGACACACACAGACGAUCACAUAUUCAUCUAAUCAUACUCACACUAAUGCCUUGUACUCGAAGGUCCCUGCGAUGCGAAGUCAAAAAGUCGCCGAGGGUGUUUUUUUUCUUGAAGGGGUAAGGAGAAAAAGGGGGAUGGUUCGAGAAGGGUGCGAGUAGGGAGGAAGUGAGAGGGUGUGGGGUGGAGGCACACAGGCAUUGAAUAGUAAAGAUGUUGCAGUGAAACCCACUGGAAAAGAAGCUGUUUGAGAAAAACCAAUGUUGACAAAUAAACAAAAAGGAGGAGGAAGGGUAGAAGAGGGAGGGGAGGGGGUGUUUAAGGAGGGAUGAGAAGAAGAGGAAGGGGUAGCAGAAUUUUGAAAAGUUCAACCACCAAUAAUGUCCAAACCAGACGGAAGGAGCAAGAUAGAGAGAUAGUGUGGAGAGAGAAAGAUGGAGAGAUAAAGGUUAAAGGAUAAAGAAGAAAGGAGAUGAUUUGAGCAGGACGAGAAAUGCGGGAAAAGGAAAAGUGUAAAAGAGGGUGUAUUAGGGGAAUGAGAGUGUAUAUUUACUAAAGCAACUAAGUGGAGACGCACGCGUUAAGCUGUGCUGCGCACGGUUUUAAACCGGUUAGAGAAACAGAUAACAGAGGACGAAUGGAGCGAAGGAACAAUGGGGAAGGAAAAGGGAUGGGUAACGAACGGAACAUUGUUGUAUCCCUGUUUUUUUGUGAGCAUGUUUUCCGUACAUAUUAUAUAUAUAUACAUAUACAAUAAAUAUACAUACAUAUGCUACGUGUUGACGUGUGUAUGGUUGGCAAGAAGGAAGCAAUGGGAGUGGGGGUGUAAAGCGAAAGGAGCGAAAUAAAUAUAAAA